GUCACUAUUUUCUUUCGUCAUCAUUCUGCGACAUCUCUACUAGCGCUAUAAAAACCACAACAUAAACUCCCAAACAAAUGAAACGUUGCUGAUUGAAUGUGGAUUGUAAAAUAUCGAUGUUGACACGUAGCCAUACCAGGCCACCCUGCGCUGAAUGAGGCACGGUCUUUCCAUAGUGCUGUUCUUUGAGCACGGUUGGGAUGGGCCAGCAGAUCUCAGGCCAGGCGGUGAUGACCCGUCUACCUGAGAAGCUGGUGAAACAUGCUGGGCUGGUACGCGACAGCGGCUACCUCAACUACGAGGAGUUCCUGGCCAGGGUGGCAGAGCUCAAUGACGUGACGGCUAAGCUAGCAGCUGGACAGCAAAAACACCUGAUCUUUGAAGUCCAGACUGGCUCGGACGCCACUGCUCUGUGGAAAGUGGCUGUGAGGAUAGUUUGUACCAAGAUCAACAAAGAGAAUGGGAUGGUGGAGGCGUCUCGCAUCAUGAACCUGUAUCAGUUCAUCCAACUGUACCGUGACAUCACCAGUCAGGCCGUAGAUGUGCUGUCAGCAGAGGGCGCCAGCCUCCCGUCUGGAACCCUCUCGUCAGGGGACUCCUGCCAGGCCAGCAUGUGGAUGGGCAGGGUGAAGCAGUUGACUGAUGAGGAGGAGUGCUGUAUCUGCAUGGAUGGGAAAUCUGACCUCAUUCUGCCCUGUGCUCACAGCUUCUGUCAAAAGUGCAUUGACAAGUGGAGUGGGCAGAGCAGGAAUUGUCCGAUAUGCCGCUUGCAAGUGACCGCUGCCAAUGAGUCGUGGGUGAUGCCUGAUGCCCCUACAGAGGACGACGUAGCUGGCUAUAUCCUCAACCUGGCUGACGAGGCAGGCCAUCCGCACAUACCUUAAGCUACUCAACACUAAGACACUUUGAUUAACCACUGACAACCAAACUGACAUCAAGAAUAGUUCGGGGAAGGGUCUGGAGUUUUUUGCCAGGAAAAACACCGUGCCCUGGUUUUGGGGGGUAUGUAGAGAAGAUAGGUUGCUUUAUAGGAAUUUGCCUGUUGUUAUUAUUUCUUAUGUUCUUUUUUACUUUUCCAUAUUUCCAUAUUACUUUUACAUGAUUGCUCUUAAACUUGUGUGUGUAUAUAAGACGGUUGUGUGUGUGUAUACAGUGCCUUCGAAAGGUAUUCAGCCCCCUUGACUUUUCCCACAUUUGUUAUGUUACGCCUUAUUCUAAAAUUGAUUAUAUAUAUUUUUUAAGUCCUCAGCAAUCUGUACACAAUACUCCAUAAUGAAAACAGGUUUAGAAAUUUGAGGUGCAUAUUUUUCUUUUUUUUACUGAAAUAUCAAAUUUACGUAAGUAUUCAGAACCUUUGCUAUGAGACUCGAAAUUGAGCACAGGUGCAUCUUGUUUCCAUUGAUCAUCCUUAAUGUUUCUACAACUUGAUUGGAGUCCACCUGUGAUAGAUUCGAUUGAUUGGACAUGAUUUGGAAAGGCACACAUCGGUCAAUAUGCAUGUCAGAGCAAAAACCAAGCCAUGAGGUCAAAGGAUAUGUCUGUAGAACUCUGAGACAGGAUUGUGUCGGCACAGAUCUGGGGAAGGGUACCAAAAAAAUGUCUGCAGCAUUGAAGGUCCCCAAGAACACAGUGGCCUCCAUCAUUCUUAAAUGGAAGAUGUUUUGAACCACCAACUCAUAGAGCUGGCCAAACUGAACAAUCGCGGGAGAAUGGCCUUGGUCAGGGAGGUGACCAAGAACUCGAUGGUCACUGACAAGUGUCCUAGAGUUCCUAUGUGGAGAUUGUUGUCCUUCUGGAAGGUUCUCCCAUCUCUGCAGCACUCCACCAAUCAGGCCUUUAUGGUAGAGUGGCCAGAUGAAGCCACUACUCAGUAAAAGUCACAUGACAGCCCACUUGGAGUUUGCCAACUGACACCUAAAGGACUCCAGACCAUGAAAAACAAGAUUCUCUGGUCUGAUGAAACCAAGAUUGAACUCUUCGGCCUGAAUGCUAAUCGUCACGUCUGGAGGAAAGCUGGCACCAUCCUUAUGGUGGUGGCAGCAUCAUGCUGUGGGGAUGUUUUUCAGAGGCAGGGGUUAGGAAACUAGAACGGAUCGAGGGAAAGAUGAACGGAGCAAAAUGUAAAGAUCCAUAUGAAAACCUGCUCAGGACCUCAGACUGGAGAGAAGGUUCACCUUCCAACAGGACAAUGACCCUAAAUGCACAGCAAGACAGUGGCUUUGGGACAAGUCCCAAUGUCCUUGAGUGGCCCAGCCAGAGCCUGGACUUGAACCCGAUUGGAUAUCUCUGGCGAGAGCUGAAAAGAGCUGCGCAGCAAUGCUCCCCAUCCAACCUGAAAGAGCUUGAGAGGCUCUGUAGAGAAGAAUGGGAGAAACUCCCCAAAUACAGGUGUGCCUAGCUUGUAGCUUCAUACCCAAUAAGACUCAGGGCUGUAAUUGCUGCCAAAGGUGCUUCAACAAAGUACUGAGUAAAGGGUCUGACAACUUAUGUAAAUGUAACAUUUCAUUAUUUUUAGGAAUGAACAAAAAUGUCAGCUGUUUUUUCUUUGUCGUUAUGGGGUAUGAUAUGGAAAGGCACACGGUGGGGACAAUUUAAUCCGUUUUAGAAUAAAGCUGUAACCUAACGAAAUGUCUGAGUACUUUCUGAAGGCACUGUAUAUACAGUACCACUCAAGUUUGGACACACCUAUUCAUUCAAGGGUUUUCCUUUGUUUUUACAUUGUAGAAUAAUGGUGAAGAGAUCAACUAUAUGACAUAACACAUGGAAUCAUGUAGUAACCAAAAUGUGUUAAACAAAUCAAAAUGGACAUGCGCACAUGUCUCCACAAUAAUAUAUAAACCAAUCACACUGUUUCCGUUUGGUUAUACCUACUCGUAUAAUUGCACUUUGAAUAGUAGUAGAUGUUUUUAUAGGCACCUCUAACUGCUGUGAAAAUGUCCAUAAAUCACUAAUCACAACUUCUAUACUUUUUAAAAUCCUAUAACACACUCAAUGUGAAUGGUUUGCUAUUUGAUGAAAUGUGAAAUUAAGUACAAUAAUCUCAUGGAUGCUUGAGCCAGGAGAGUCUUUCUAUUUUCUCCUCAAUGUUAGUUAGAUUAGGUGAUUUAUCUUCCCAAAAAUGUAGCUUUUAGUUUAAAUAUGACUCAGUAAAACAAAAUGUUUUUAUCAAAAUAAUUUCUAUAUCAUGGGUACUUUAAGCAAGGCCAGUGUACUGGCUGUUCAAUAUUAAACUUGUGAGGCUGAGUGAAUGUUAAAAUAGUACUCCAAAUAAUAUAUUUGGAAUGUCUUAUUCCCAUUAGGGAACUGAAGAUUUGAGCUGUAUGUACUUUACUCAUGACUGGCUGGUACUAUACUGAACAAAAAUGUAAACGCAACAUGUAAAGUGUUGGUCCCAUGUUUCAUGAGCUUAAAUAAAAGAUCCACAGAAAUUUC